CGUCCUGGCCGGCCGGACAGCGCCCUCUCCUCCCUCACCCUUUGGCCUCCUCCUUCCUCCUCCUCCAUUAUUGAUGCGUCGAUGCGAUGCUCGGCUUCAUUAUUUCGAUGCCUCUCGCCCCCUGAUCUGAUUUGAUUCUCGCUUUCCUUUUGCCUUUCUAGGCCGCGGCCGGCCCUAUUUCUCCUCCUCUGUCUCUGGUCCCCAGGCUGCAGUGCACUACAAGCUGCGCAUCUUAUUAUAUGUCCUGGAUAUAGUAGAAGUUGCUAGGCUGCUAACUGGGGAGGGUAGUUAGAUUGGCGAAGCAAUGAAGAGCUCGAGCACGAGCAACACCGGCGGCUCUGGCUCGGGCACGGACUCCGGCAGGUCUGGACCGGGCUCCCGCAGCUCUGGCUCUGGCUCGGGCUCCUUCAACCUCCGGAACCUGUCCAAGGUCAUCCUGCCGCCGCUCGGGGGGCCGUCGUCCGGCCACGGCCAGUCCCAUGGCGGCUCCGACAAGCGGGUCAUCUCGCCGCUCGACUCCAGGUACAGGUGCUGGGAGACGUUCAUGGUGGUCCUGGUGGCGUACUCGGCGUGGGUGUACCCGUUCGAGGUGGCGUUCAUGAACGCGUCCCCCAAGGGCGGCCUGGAGGUGGCGGACAUCGUCGUCGACCUCUUCUUCGCCGUCGACAUCGUGCUCACCUUCUUCGUCGCCUACAUCGACCCCAGGACGCAGCUCCUCGUCCGCGACAGGAAGAAGAUAACCUUCAGGUACCUGUCGACGUUCUUCAUCAUGGACGUGGCGUCGACGAUCCCGUUCCAGGGCCUUGCCUACCUCGUCACCGGCGAGGUCAGGGAGGGCGCCGCCUACAGCCUUCUCGGCAUCCUCCGCCUCUGGCGUCUCCGCAAGGUGAAGCAGUUCUUCACUAGGCUCGAGAAGGACAUCCGCUUCAGCUACUUCUGGAUCCGCUGCGCGCGCCUCGUUGCGGUGACCCUGUUCCUGGUGCACUGCGCCGGCUGCGUCUACUACCUGAUCGCCGACCGGUACCCUCACCGUGACAAGACCUGGAUCGGCGCGGCGAUCCCCAACUUCCGCCAGGCCAGCCUCCGGAUCCGCUACAUCUCCUCCAUCUACUGGUCCAUCACCACCAUGACCACCGUCGGCUACGGCGACCUCCACGCCGAGAACACCCUCGAGAUGGUCUUCAACAUCUUCUACAUGCUCUUCAACCUCGGCCUCACCGCCUACCUCAUCGGCAACAUGACCAACCUCGUCGUCGAGGGCACCCGCCGCACCAUGGAGUUCAGGAACAGCGUCAGGGCUGCGUCGAGCUUCGUGGUCCGGAACCGGCUGCCGCCGCGGCUGAAGCAGCAGAUCCUGGCCUACAUGUGCCUCAAGUUCAGGGCGGAGAGCCUGAACCAGCAGCAGCUCAUGGACCAGCUGCCCAAGUCCAUCUACAAGAGCAUCUGCGAGCGGCUCUUCCUCCCGGUCGUCAAGGACGUCUACCUCUUCAGGGGUGUCUCAAGGGAAGGGCUCCUGUGCCUCGUCACCAAGAUGAAACCCGAGUACAUCCCGCCGAGGGAGGACGUGAUCGUGCAGGACGAGGCGCCCGAUGACGUCUACGUCGUCGUCUCCGGCGAGGUCGAGGUCAUACGGUUCGACGGCGCCGAGGAGCGGGUGGAGGCCACGCUUGUGUCGCGGGACAUCUUCGGCGAGGUGAGCGCGCUGAGCAACCGCGCUCAGGGGUUCACGUUCCGGACGAGGACGCUGAGCCAGCUGCUGAGGCUGAAGCAGGCCACGCUCAAGGAGGCCAUGCAGAGCAGGCCCGAGGACAGCGUCGUCAUCAUCAAGAACUUCCUCAAGGUCGAGAUGCAUGGCAUGAAGGUCGAGGACUUGCUGGCAGAGAACGCCGGCGAGCAGGACGAUGCUAAUAAUGUGCUGACGGUCGCCGCGAUGGGCAACGCCGGCUUGCUCGAGGACCUCCUCAGGGCAGGGAAGGACGCCGACGUCGGCGACGCCAAGGGCAGGACCGCACUGCACAUCGCGGCGUCGAAGGGGUACGAGGACUGCGUGCUGGUGCUGCUCAAGCACGCCUGCAACGUGAACAUCAAGGACGCGCAGGGGAACACGGCGCUGUGGCACGCCGUCGCCGCGGGGCACCACAAGAUCUUCAACAUCCUGUACCACUUCGCGCGCGUGUCGAGCCCGCGCGCCGGCGGUGACGUCCUGUGCCUCGCCGCGCGCCGCAACGACGUCGGCGCGCUCCGGGAGCUCCUCAAGCUCGGCCUCGACGUGGACUCGGAGGACCACGAUGGAGCCACCGCGUUGCGCGUCGCGAUGGCCGAGGGCCAUGCCGACGCGGCCAGGUUCCUCAUCAUGAACGGGGCCAGCGUCGACAAGGCCGGCCUCGACGACGACGACGGCUCCGGCUCCAGCUCUGGCUCCGGCGCCGCGCGGCUGGCGAUGUCGCCUGGCGAGCUACGGGAGCUCCUUAAGAAGCGGGAGCUCGGCCACCAGAUCACCAUCAUCGACUCGCCGGCGGUGGUCCCGGACGGCGGCGGCUCGUCGAGGCACCGCCGUCAAGGCAGGUUCCAGCAGAGCACAAGCUCGGACAGCGCGCGCUGGCCUCGGGUGAGCAUAUACAAGGGCCACCCGUUCCUCAGAAACCACAGCUCGGAAGCCGGCAAGCUGAUCAACCUUCCCGGCACGAUGGAAGAAUUCAAAGCCAUUAUCCGUGAGAAGCUGAAAGUUGACGCGGAGAAGGCGCUGAUCGUGAACGACGAAGGAGCGGAGAUCGACUCGAUCGACGUGAUCCGUGACAACGACAAGCUGUUCGUGGUCACCGAAGAGGAUCUGAGGAGGCUGGCAGCCAUGGACCCGGUGUCUGCAUCGUAGCAUCUGUAGAUUCGGGUGUUUCAGUAGAAAGCAUGGUAAAUGUGGAUCCAAUGGUGUGUUGAAUAAACGAGUCAUCUCUAGCUAUGACACUGAUUCAGGGAACGUGAGAAGUGUCGCUGGAGUGAUUUGGUGCCUCCGUCGAUAUUGGCAAUGCAAAGGUACAGUGAUCAACACAGAGCA